AUGAUGUCACUGGGACCCCGGGGGCGCCUGCAAUUCGCGCAGGCGCAGAGCCCGGCCAAGGUAUGGCGCCGGAGCGGGAAUUCGCCCCGCCUUCCCCAGGCCCCGCCCACCCAGCUUCAGUUCCCGGAGUUGCCACUGGGGGAGGCCGCGGUCCCCGCAGCGCCUGUAGCCGCGAAGCUGAGUGGUCCGGGUUUCCAGCCGAACCUAUUUUCCAGUUGGGCCGCAACAUGGCUGCGCACAGGGCUGCGAGUCGGGAAGUCGCCGCGUUCUCGUUUUCCUGACAGCCCCCGGCUUCUGUGUGCUCCUUGCCUUCCCCAGGUCACGCCAGCAGACAUGUUUGCCAAGGCCUUUCGGGUCAAGUCCAACACGGCCAUCAGGGGGUCGGACAGGAGAAAGCUUCGGGCUGAUGUGGCGGCUGCUUUCAUGACUCUUGGAACAGAUCAGGUCUCUGCCUUAGUACCUGGAAAGGAAGAGCUCAACAUUGUGAAGUUAUAUGCUCACAGGGGGGAUGCAGUGACUGCGUAUGUGUGUGGUGGUAACCCCAUCCUGUUUGAACUGGAGAAAAAUCUAUACCCAAUAGGCCGUGUACACCUGUGGUCCUAUCCUGAUCUUCUCCCAACGUUCACAACAUCAUCUCUGGUGCUCGAAAAACUGGUCGGAGGAGCAGAUUUGAUGCUGCCCGGCCUCGUGGUGCCCCCUGCUGGUCUGCCUCAGGUACAGAAGGGUGACCUCUGUGCCAUCGCCCUGGUGGGGAACAGACUGUGUGCAGGCCCUAAUAAGGAUCUAGAGCAGAAGUUUUUCUUCAGUCAUCUAACUUUACCAAAAGAUUACUUCUGUGUUGUGUCUCUGUUUUACACAGGCUGACAAAUGUUGGUAGGGGGAUCUGAGGUCCACACAAGAAGGAUGAAUGUCCUGAAUUACAUUUGUUCCAAAUGCCACCUUAACAACUGUGAUAUAGAGAGCAUACUUUUUCAUACAUGAUCUUCUUAUACUGUCUAAACCUACUUACCUAAAUUGCUAUUCAAAGAAAUACAGCUAUUUGUUGAGAACCCAACCUGACUUAAGUUAGAAAGUGUAACAUUAAAAUUUUUAUUCUAUAUGUGAAAUAAGUGUAAGGUUGCUGUUCUUUUAAAUAUUUGGAGAAUAAAAAGUACAGGAUAAAAAUAUUAAUUUGGUGACCCAUGUUCCUUAACUUCAACAUAUUUUAUAGCACUUCAAGUUUAUUAAACUAUCUAAGUAUUUGAGUAUUAUAUUAAAUCAUAUGAUGACAUCUGAUGAACCUCAAAAUAGAGCCAUAGGCUUUUACAUCUCUUAGCUAGCUCUUACCUGCUUUGUACUUAGACCCAUCUCAAAAGUUAGAUAUUUUAAUUUUAUACUGAGCAUGUCCUUUCCUGGAUAAUCUCAAGGCACAUCUACUGUUGGUAUCUUAGCAAAUUUUAUAUUACUGGUAUUGUUUUUCUUUGCUCUCCUGGCUUCUUUUAAAUGUAUAGGUACGGGGCGCCUGGGUGGCUCAGUGGGUUAAAGCCUCUGCCUUCGGCUCGGGUC